GAAUGCACGGAUUUGCCCUCUGCGAUUAUGUCAUCGUGGUAUGGUCGCGUUUUUUCUUAGCGCUUCGAAUGGCGCGAAUUAGUUUUCGCACUUAUGUCUCCGCGGAUAAGGGCUUCGCGGAUUUGUGGUGGAACCCAGUUUCACAAUAUCAAAUCUAUGUUUCUUAGAUUUAUGAAGGUACCAUCUGAAGCCCCCAUCAACAGAUGUUAAGAACCUGCAAGAUUUUAUAUUUAGAAUAACUACAACUCUUAUUUGCUGAUCUAUGUUCCUGCAGGAACUGAAUGUGCUGUUGCCCUGGCUUUGGAAUGCAAUUCUGGUUCAAUGGCUUGGCUUGACUUAUUCAUUAAAAAAAAAAAUACACCAUUUAUAAUAGAAUUAAGUGUUCGUUUUAAUUGUCUUUCGUGCCUGUGUGUCUAUAUAUUGUGUAUUUCUUUGUCUCUUAAACAUCUCUGGUUUUAAUUCUGGUUUUAUGUUUUAUUGAAUUGAAUUGAAUAAUAAAAUUCAAUUCAAUUCAAUAAUUCAAUAUUGUAAUCCAGGGAGACAAUUGUAAUACAGAUGGAACAUUAUGCUGUAUUCUUCCUAGCCUUGAAUGCUACACUCACGGCCUUAUUUGGGCAGCUAUAACUGAAUAUGACUAUGUGUUUAUUUUUCAAAACAACUGUUCGUACUUCUGGUUGGAUGACCAGUAUGGCACAGAACACAUCUGUUUGUAUUAUUGAGCUAAGGUUAUUCUAAUAACAAAUUGAAUGAGGCUCUAAGAGAACAUUUCCACAUUUUUACACUGCAAACAGAAUAUAGAGGUGCAUUUUUGUCCUGUAACUUUUUAAAUAGGGCUCUUGUUUCUCUUGGCACAUUCCUCAAAUCAGCUGUGUUAAAAUCCCUAAUAUAACAGCUGUAAGGUAGCAAAAGCACUUAGACUUAUGUACCAUUUCACAGUGCUUUUACAGUCCUCUCUAAGUGGUUUACAGAGUCAGCAUAUUGCUGACACUCUGAUGAUACUCUCUUUUUGUCUAAACAGAAAUACUCUCUAAACAGAAAUCUGGGAACUGGAGGGAGGGAUUCAUGCAGUGCGUUAAAUAAUGAUAUUAUUAGUUGUAUGAAAUCUGUUGUGGUCUUGUAAAUCAUGUUUUAUGUCUUAGCAUAUUGGGAUGAAACUAUCCUUAUUGCUUCAUUGAGCAUAACGAGGUCUUGAUAUAUUGUGCAGAUCUAAUAACAGAAUAGCAAAACCCGAGAUCAGUUGAAUGAACAAUUUCUUGAUAUCAGUGUUCUAGCAAUAGUCCGGAACAAACACAAAAUGUCCUUGGCUUCUCCUGGCUUCUGUUGUAAAGUAACAUGUGCUUUGCAGGCAGAGUAUUUGACAUUUGCUCUGUUUUCCUUCUUUCCAAAGAUGGCUUCUUCAUGUUUCAGCAAACACCCAUGGUGGAAAUUGACGGGAUGAAGCUGGUACAGACACGGGCCAUCCUCCGUUACAUUGCCACGAAAUACAACCUGUAUGGGACGAACCUGAAGGACAGAGCAUUGAUUGACAUGUACGUGGAAGGAACGACGGACCUGAGUCUCUUUAUUUUGUCCUUCCCUUUCUUGACACCGCAGGAUCAAGAGCGCCAACUGGUUACCAUUAAAGAUAAAGCAACAAAAAGAUAUUUUCCAGUUUAUGAAAAGGUGCUGAAGGAUCAUGGACAAGAUUUCCUUGUUGGCAAUCAGUUUAGCUUGGCAGACAUUCACCUCUUUGAAACUAUUUUAAUGGUAGAGGAAAAAGUCCCCACUAUCCUGAAUGAAUUUCCUCAAUUGCAGGCUUUUAAAACAAGGAUUAGUCACAUUCCCACAAUUAAGAAGUUUCUGGAACCAGGAAGCCAGAGGAAACCUAUCCCUGAUGGUAAAUACGUGGAGACAGUGAGAAAUGUCCUCCAGAUGUAUCACCAGCUGAAGCCCAAUCCUUGAGAUUCCAUCAAGUUGUUGUGAUGAUUUCAGUUACAGAAUUCUGUAAUACGCCCAAGACCAAAGCCAUGCUUUCACAUUGGAGACACACAGUUUGCAAGAGUAUCGCACAACCCUUGCAAGAUGGAUUAUAGACUGUGAAAAUAGCUUCUUUUGUAGAUGAUAGUUGUAGUAAAGAAAGACGAUCAAGAUUGUAAAGGGAUUUGAUAUAAGCAUUUUGACUGAUCAAGAUCAACGUUCACUAAGAGAAUCAUAUUUUUAAGGGGUGUUUUAAUUCUAGAUUAUAUGUAAUCUCUGUUUGGGGUGUGUGUGUGUGUAACUCAAUAGCCUUCCUGAAAUUAUACGAUUGAGAUUUAGUGAACAAUCUCCAAAAUAGGAACUCAGAAGUUUUGUUAGAAAACGAAAUGUGGGUGCGUCAUUUUCCUAUCAAGUAAACCAAGGAUGAAAGCCUUUUGAAGAAACUCUGUCCCACCAUUCAGCAUAAUGUUAAAACAUAGUUACCCAGGCAACUGCAGCCUUCAUCACCACCACCAAGAUUUUUAUGUUUUUUUGUUAAAUGUGAUCUAUCAAAAGUUGCCUGCUUUUAAAGGGUAUUGUGAAUCAUUGCAUUGUAUGAAGAACCAUAAUAUUCUUACUAGUCCAAUAAAAUAAAGCUUAACAAGAAACAGGGAAAAUAAACCAUUUUCUAUCUAACAUUGUAUUUUAUUAUCAAAGGUUUUGAUAAUGGUCGUUCAAACUUUCUUCUUUUUCCUUUCUCCUGUCUUUUUGUUGUCCCAAACUAUAGCGUGUUCCUUGAUUCUGAUUCAAAGUGGUUUGCAAACUUAGCCAUUGUGGCAUAUGCAACGAACCAUGAUUUAGCGCAGUGUUAACUACACCACGGCAUAAAAAGUGCUUGAAUACAUUUAGGAUUGAAACACAUAUGUCCAGAUUUCCAUAGUAUUUUAUCAAUGUCUUAAAAGGUAUACAUGUCAAUAUUUUAACACAUUUACAUUUAAAUUGUGGUAUUAGUUUGGUGACUAUUUUUUAUCAUAUUGGCUUCUUGUGGCCGUGCUUUGGAAUUUUAUUCUAUUCCUAAACAGCUAUUUUUCUUGUACAGAAAAAUAUUUUUUGCCUAAUUGCCCACAACAAAUGCUCGUUUCUGAUUUUAUCAUAGUCUCUUGAGCUUGUAAUCUUUUUAUGAGUGACAAUUAUAGAUAAAACAUAGUGUACUGUAGUUUUUAGGACCAUUUAUUCAUUAAACUCCCUGAAUGCAAUUUACAGUUUUAUAAUUCAAGAAUACCUACAUCAGGUGACUAUUUUAGAAUCUUAAGCAUAAUGCAUAGGAUUUCCAAGAGUACCAUGAUUCAUAGGUUAAAAUGUAGGAUUCCUUUCACACAAUUAACUAAUGUAACAAAUGAAGAAAAUAGCUUUCAGUUAAAAAAAAAAGGGUAAAUUUAAGGAAGCAGUAUAACCCUUCAUCUAAAGCAAAUACGGGCCUCUUAAGAGAGCCAGCAUAUCCAGUCUUCUAAGGCCUUUAGCAUUUUUCUUCUGGACUCUGCCAGCUCUCUAACUGAUUAAUAUUCGGGUUAAAAAAUAUGUCUAUCAUAACUAGUGACACACCUAACAUAACUCUCAUGCACAUCGGUGUCAGUGGUGGGUUUCAAAAAUUGUUGGAACCUACUCUGUGGGUGUGGUCUCCUUUGUGGGAG